AUGGCGAUGGCAUCCCCGCUGCAGAGCACGCAGGGGGAGCGGCCCCACAGGGCUGUUGCGCUACUUCAGCCCUGCGACGCUGCCAGGGUCCGCGCGGCACAUCACAUUCCCUGCUUUGCUGUCGCAGUGGAGGUGGCGUAUAUGCUGCUGCGCUCACUGCUUCUGCCGAGACCCACACGAGAGAUCCGGGUGGUGGCGGCGCCCUUCGCAUUAGGCUUCACCGUGGACCUUCUAGGCGCGUAUCAGCCGCACGCCGAGCCGGAGGCCGCCGUGUCCAUCUCCGGAGGCAGCGGGGCGGCGGCGGGGCUGUCAGAUCUCACUGCUGUCAGUCAAGAACUGCGGCUGAGCGCUUCCGUGGAGGUGGCGCUGGGACGCGGGUGUGGAAUGCAGCAAACAGCCUGCUCCCCAGAAAGCCUAGAGGUACUCUUCGAGAGGCAGUGGCAAGGCACUGACAUAGCAGCGGGAGAGGAGCCUUGGGCUGUGGUUUGUUCCAUCUUGACCACAAGGCUGCAGGAGCGGCUGCGGCAGGAGACACGGCAGAAAAACGAGUACCACUCCUCUUCACUACUUCUCCACCUCCGCUGCGAGGUUCGUGGGCUUUUCUACUGUAUGCCUGUACGGCAGCGUUUUGCAGCAGGCGGAAGUCACACAUCCUACCGCCUUCGCGCAGAACGCCAGGUCCUUCUGUCGACUGCGUAUCGCAUGGCAGUGGAAUGCAUUUUGGCACCUCUGUAUCUUUCUUUGCACAAAAACGUUGGGACUUCCUCCUCAUUGUAUCUGCACCUGAGCUGCAGCGGGUGCCAAAAUGCGGCAGCCAGCGAUACCACCGAGGUCUUCUACGUUCAUAACUCCUUCCCGAAACGGGGCGCCGAGGCGGAAGUGCAGUUGACGAAGCGACGUCGAGUGGAGUCGGGAAAUCUUGACGAUGUGGGUGUUCACACACAUAGUCUUCGCACAGCGCAUCACGUGCUUCUCGCCUUCUUUCCCCAUCUCCGCCUGUGCACGGAGUCGUUGGAAGGCGUCAACGGCACCACGUCGUUGCGUCUUCGCGAGGUGGUGGUUGACGCCGGCAGGUUUGCUGUCCUGUUCCUCCUCCCGGCGUGGGAGCCGCGGAGAGCAACUGGACGGUUGAGCCGCCGCCCCACCACCGUGUUGGGUGCCGUUGUGGUCGCCAAGUCCACAGCAUCCACGGCGUGCCACGUGGUGGAUGAGUCGCACCGGGUGUAUCGCCAAGUGGCGAGCAGCUUCACCACGUUGUGCCCUAUCAUUGUCUUUCUGACGGAGUCGCUCCUGGAGAGCAACGAUGCCGCGCUGCGGAGGGUGUUUCGCUCCGCGGAGCGCAUUGGCCGCCGCGGGGUGGCCUCCCCACAGGAGGCAGCCGAUACCCCAGGUAAGGAAGCGCCCUUUGCCGUGGUGGGGGACCUGACGGCGUCCGAUGGUGCGCUGCUAAGACACAAAGUUGCGGCGGCGGGGCUGCGGGUGUCGUCGUUGACCCAGCGCCUCUUUUCUGUACAGCGGGCAACAAGAACGGGCCUUGUCGAUGGCGUCCCGGCGUCAUUCGGCCCACGGCGAACGCCUUUUUGCCCACCAAGUUGGGCUGGGAGUUCCUGUGGUAGGAGCACCCUCCCGCGAGUGCGCGCUGCCAUGCGGCUGACGCUUGACCCGGCGUUCAUUGUACCCCGUGCCUACGCUGCCCCGUCUGUGUGGCCCAGCCCCAGUGAAAUGGACACUGUGGAGAAAACGUCUUGCCCUUUUAGCGCGGAACAUUUCAUUGCACAAUGGGACCGCAAGUUUUUACUUCUUCACAUGAACGACAAUGGCGCGUGUUCAGAAGACUCUCUUUUUACUGCCAACAGAUCUCCUCCCUCCGUUUUAUCCGGUGCCUUGCCAAACACGGGGCUGUUGCUGCGUUCGUCUAAGCAGCCGCAGCGUCAGUAUCCGCUUCCACCCGCACUGUACAUUGUGGAUCAGCAUGCUCUUCAUGAACGGCUGCGGUUGGAGUUUUUCAUGGCGACUGCAGAGUCGUACGUGCAGCAUCAUACUGUACCUCUCGCAUUUCACGUCCCAAUACCAGAUGAUAUUCGCCAUGAUGUCACGGCCUACGAAAGCGUCCUCGCGACAUGGGGAUGGCGCUUUGCACACGGCAGCUCCCAAUGUGGUGGGAGUGGAUGUACAAAGGCGUCAACCUCCAACCACACCCAGGCGGUGCGGUACUGCGUCGCAGUCCUGCAAUGGCCUCAUAUUCUGCUUGAAGGGCAUUCGUUACACCUGGACACCAUGGAGAACCUCCGCAUCACCGUGGAGGAGCUUCUCACCGUCCUUCCACCGCGACAUCCGUCUGCCGCAGGCGGGGCAGAAGUCGCACGGGACGGCAAUUGGACAGGGCAGGACGCUGGUGCUCGAGUUUUGCCCUCUGCAGUCCUCAGAUUUUUAAUCACACGAUCGUGCCGCGGUGCUGUAAUGUUUGGUGACUCCCUCCAUGCAGCUGCAGUGGAGCAGCUCAUCGACGCACUGCAGGCUGUGGCACAGUACACGCUUUGCUCACACGGCAGGCCUUCCUUUGCCGUCAUUCGCAGACACAGAAAGUAA